UGCCCCUCAAUUCUCCCGAGCUUGUUGACCCAAUUCACAAAGUAACUCACGCGACCUGCACAGACAGGUCGCUCGAUUUCUUCCAUGGCGCUGGCAGUGCACGUACACAUCCCGCUGCCGGCCAACUGCAGCACUCUCUCAGGGAUCAGCUCCCCUCCCCUAAACCGCCCGGAUCCUCCUCCCGCCAUCCAUGGCUUCCCGUCCGGACCGCCCAAAGCGAGCAGCGCCGACAGCGUGGGACAAGCGGAGCGGCGCUUCUUCCCCAGAUGCUGCUCGUCCCAGACCCUCCCCCACUCCCCUCCGGUAAUCCAGUUUGAUUCCCUACUCCUCCUGCCCACCCUCUACUAUAUAUGUUUUGUCCGCGGACGAGCUCGGGAAGGUCGGGGACGCGCGGCGACGGCAGUGUGCUAUUUCUGUACGAGUCCUUGCUGCGGGCGUACAAUGUGCCAUCGUGUCGCAUGGAUGAGUACGUCGCAUCUGCAGGUCGUCGUCAUCGUCGAACAUGCCGCAUGGGUCGACAACAGGAAGACCGCGUGUUUCCCCUUCUCAUUUCCGUCGGCGGCCGGGCCCUUGGGCUACGCCGCCGCCUCUUGGCUCUCAACCGGAGUUCCUACAGCGGCAACAAGUCGGAUUUGAAAAUCCGAAUCUCUUCCACAUUGUGGCCGCUACAAAAGAAAUUCGGGCGAUGCUCGUAUCGUUCUUGGAUUCGGACUACAUCUCCUACUCGGAUCAGAAGUGAUGCAUCGGCUGGUUCAGCUACCCUAUAAAUGCAGUCAGGAGGAGCCUGCCUGUCGUCAGUGUGCUUCACCUGAGAUCAGAUAACACCUGUGGUUGGUGCGCAGAAGCAAUUCGUCUUCCAAAAGACCUGGUUUUGCAGGUGCUCUCGUGAAGCCGUGAAGGCAUCUAGCUUAGCCAGGAUACUGAUCUCGAGCCACCAUUAUGUUGACAACUUUCCGUAAGCUCCUAUCUCUUUCUUCCUGUUCGCUAAAGGAAAUUCAGAGAAACUCACCGCUUAUGGAAACUGAGGUCGUAGUCAGAAAUUCGCCGGAGAUUCCACAGGAUGUAUUGCUGGAUAUCUUUGCCCUCCUGGAGAUCCCUGACCUCAUGCGUGCGGGAUCUGUCUGCUCGUCCUGGCGCUCUGCGUGUACCACCAUAUGCAGCCAGCCUAAACUGUACAAAAGGCCUCAGACCCCUUGCCUCCUCUACACGUCCGAGUCUGCUGGUGAGAACGUAGCUUGUCUCUAUAGCCUCGCAGAAAAGCGAGUCUACAAUUUAACUCUUCCAGAUCCGCCUAUCCGCACUAGGUAUCUCGUUGGGUCCUCACAUGGCUGGCUUGUUACUGCUGAUGAGAAGUCCGAGCUACACCUUGUCAACGUGGUCACUGGUCAACAGAUUGCUCUCCCGUCAGUACUCACCAAUGAGAGUGUGAAGCCGAUCUUUGACAACGCAGGCACAGUUGACAAGUGUGAGUUGUGGGAGCCAAUGCACGACAUUGACUUAGACUUUCAAUAUAUUGGUCACAAUAUGACAAUCCAUGCUCUCGAUGAGCUUCGUGACUUCUUCUACUACCAAUCUUUCAUAUUUCCUGAUCCGUCCACAGGAAGCUACAUUGUAGUUCUCAUCCACGGUCUAUCACUUCAGAUUUCGUUUGCAAGGGUAGGAGAUUGCAAGUGGACCUUGCUGCCGCCAGGUUGGGACUACCAACAAUGCAUCUACACGGAUGGUCUGCUGUACGCAUUCACGAGAUUCGGAAGAGUCGACACUUUUGAUCUCACCAGUCCUACCUUCACAAUGAAUACAAUUACAGGUUGCAUGAAGAAUUAUAUCCCUGAGUGCAUGUAUGUUGUUCAGACUCCGUGCGGCGAUCUGCUGCAAGUUCGUAGGGAUUAUGAAUUCAUAGAUACGGAUGACAAGAAGGUCAUAUGCGAGACCAAGAAAAUAUUGCUAUAUAAAGUUGAUAUGGCAGCAAAAGAGCUUGUGAAAAUGAAGGACUUGCAUGAUCAGGUGUUAUUUAUUGGGUAUAACCAGUCGCAAUCCCUAAGUGCUAAAGAAUUUCCCCAGCUGAAGCCAAAUUGUGUCUAUUUCACAGAUAGUGAGUCAUGUGUUUCAAACUAUAAGAAUAAUAGCCGGGAUAUAGGUGUUCUCAACUUGGAAAAUGACAACAGGGAAGAAAUUUUACCUCAACUUUGGUGCAGCUGGCCGAACCCCAUAUGGAUAACACCCAGUCUCACAAGGAUGAAUUGGAGUUGCACAAAUACUCAGAUAGAUAACUUGUUGUAAUUUUUAGCCCAUUUCUGUCAUUAGAACCUGUCCAGUAGGUUCAUAUUGACCCAACUUUUCCAAUUCUGUGGGCACAAGCUAUGAGAACGGAGGCAUGUUCCGUUUAUCUCUUCUCCAAACCUUAGUUGGCAUAUUUUUUUGAAUUUCCUUUUCUGAACUGUCCAAUACGUUUUGAUUUAGAGUACAUCUGUCUACGCUACUAACCAUUUGCAGUACAUUUUACCCUUUUAAGAACUAGUUUCCCUCUUCUUGAGAUAUAAUCCUUGUAAUAGUCAGGUUCCGUUUAAUUUGAUGGUGUAGCUAAAAAGGCCAACAAACUAGCAUGUAGGCCAGAACUCUAAGAUUUUUAAAGGGGAAGAUUUACUUCAUCCAAAUUACAGUAUAACAUUAGUUUCUUACUGAUACAUUUUCUUAAAGUAUGUUCAAUAAAUAAAGAACAGAAGUGGAAAUAUCUUUUGAUGUGUUUUCUUAUGUGUUACUGUAGAACAAUCCUACUAUUUUGUCUCCAUCUAUACACAGGCAUAUCUGGCAGAUUUCUCUCAUAUCUUUGUCUCUAUUCUCACCAGUAAGGGACAUUUUGAUGCUUUAUUGCGCUUGAAUCUUUUAUUAGAUUAUGUUUUUUUGCAUUUUAUUAACCACAGAAGAUCGAGGCCAUUUUUAUUUUUUACCCGAGCCAAUUUGUUUCCAUGUUUCAUUAUUUAUGCCUCUACCACUGUUCCAUAUUAAGAUACUGUGGAUGAACAGUGCUUCUUUAUCCUAGCGGCAAAGUUUUUGUUUUAUAGAGCUCGUUAUCAGCCUUUUGUCAGAAUUCCAUGCAAAUUUUAAUGAUGCCCUGCAGCGUUCCAUGUCAAAUGUACUUCUUUGCUGUUACCAUGUGUUCUGUUCUUAUUUUAUGUCCUAUAUAAAUUAUGUAUUCAUGAAAAUUUAAUGAACAUAUUCUGAAUGUCGACUCAGGCUCACAGAAACCACUGGAAGUUGAUAUUUAUAAUGCAUAUGUAUUUGAUACUCCAUCAGGUUCACAAAAGAUUGCCACUUUGGACAAUAACAUGGCCUUCAAGAUGCAACUCUGACCACUUGUAUAUAAAACCCAAGAAAAUUAGAAAAUUCUAGAAAUACUUUUCAAGAUAAAUCUAUGCAUGUAAAUUUUAAUUUUCCAAUCUAAAGAUCUAAAACAUGAUUUUCCAUCAAUUUUUCAAAAGUUUGAAUGAAAUAAUGAAGAAACCGUCACUUAUUUGUGUCCCUAUAGUUUCUACAGUAAAAGUUCCACAAGAAUUUCCAUACAACUACGAACUUUUGAAGUCUUAUGAGAUGUUUAUGCAAUGUUAUGACCUGUCAACAAAUCUAAUUUUGAAUAUGGUUUAUGAUAUUUUUGUGUGUGUGCAUCUGUGUAUUGAUUGUUUACCAAUUUGGGCUCUUUUUUUUGUCUUGGAUAUUAUGAGGACUGGAUGAGUGUCAGCGAGACAGCGAUCACUAAGGUACAUGCCCAGUGUGGCAGACCAUGACUUGCAGUUCUAUUUCUCCUUUCUGUGCACAAUGGGUACCAUUCGAGUAUUAUAUUUAGCAGAUGAUGAGCGGAUUAGCUUGAGUUUUGCUCUCUAGGUCAGUCAGUAUUUGUGGCCUUCUCCUCCGGCCGCUCAAAGGCGUCUACCUUCUGAAAGUGUGGUCUGGUCUCUGUUUCUCAAUGAAACCUUUUUUGUUUUCCUGAAGACAAGAUCUCCAUCCGCUAAAAUUUCAAGCGAUUUUGCAAGCUUGUUAGUGUGUUGAAUCUGAAUAAUGGCUAUUCGGUUUGAGGUGCUUCUGUGCACGAAUACUUGGACCUUUCGAAGAUGGCACAAGGAGGACCUGGAUAAUCAUCAGAAGAAAGUGAAGCUCAAGCACCAAGAGAAGAUCAUCGCGCAGCAGGGAAGGAGAAACAGAAAGCCCAGGUGAUUCGUGCAAGGCGUGAUCGCAAACUGAACGACAAGUUCAGCGGUCUGGAUUGGACCACGUGACGUGAAGCAACGGAGGAGAUAGCUGCCAGUUGUCGGAAGCGUCAACAGCUGGAGAUGGGCCCGCGUUCUGGAGAUUUAACCGGGCGAAGCACUACUCUGUAUUUUUUUUUGGAAGCCAAAUUGUAAUGGCUCUGAUCUCCUUCCUCCCUUGCUCCUCUCAACCCAGACUACUGCUUCUAUCCUCCUUCCCUUGCUUGGAUUUGAAUCUUGUAUCUGAAUUCGGGGUGUUUCCCAGUGGAUUGAUGAGGAUAUAGAUCGGGUGCGUAUCACAGAAGGUAA